GCUGCCGCCGCUGGGCCCGUGGUAAAUGAUGUUCAAGUACCGGAUCCGCAUGUUCUUCAACGAGCUGAAGCUGCUGGUGCUGAUGCGGCGGGGCCGCCCGGAGCCCGAGCCCGGAGCCGGGGGGAGCCGGGCCCUGGGGGGCAGCGGCUGCGGCUGGCCCCCCUUCGCCGACUGCUCGGCCCGGCAGGACGAUGAGGCCGAGUACUACGGGGGGGUGGCCGAGCCCCGGCCCCGCAGCCUGGCCUUGGAGGAGAAGGAGCCCCGGCCGCCGCCCCCCGGCCAGCAGCCCGGCCAGCAGCCCGGAGCCGGGGGGGCCCUGGACACCGUGUCUCUCAGCAGCAGCCUGGACAGCGGCAUGAGGACCCCGCAGUGCCGGAUCUGCUUCCAGGGGCCCGAGCAGGGGGAGCUGCUCAGCCCAUGCCGGUGUGACGGGUCCGUCCGCUGCACGCACCAGCCCUGCCUGAUUCGCUGGAUCAGCGAGAGGGGCUCUUGGAGCUGUGAGCUGUGUUACUUCAAAUACCAGGUGUUAGCCAUCAGCACAAAGAACCCCCUGCAGUGGCAGGCGAUUUCCCUGACCGUCAUCGAGAAGGUGCAGAUCGCAGCCAUCAUCCUGGGCUCCCUCUUCCUCAUCGCCAGCAUCUCCUGGCUCAUCUGGUCGUCCCUCAGCCCCUCGGCCAAGUGGCAGCGGCAGGACCUGCUCUUCCAGAUCUGCUACGGCAUGUACGGCUUUAUGGACAUUGUCUGCAUAGGUCUGAUCAUUCACGAGGGCUCCUCGGUGUAUCGAAUCUUCAAGCGGUGGCAGGCAGUGAACCAGCAGUGGAAGGUGCUGAAUUACGACAAGGCCAAGGACCUGGGGGAGCCCGUUGGCAGCGGGGCGGCCAAGGCCGGGGGCAGGAAUUCACGGACGAACCCCUCCUCCGGGAGCGAAAGGAACCCCCGGCGGGGUCAGCGGGUUAGAACGAUUUUGAACCAUCACUGUGGCUACACCAUCUUGCACAUCCUCAGUCACCUGCGGCCGAACGAGCCCCGCGGGGGCGCCAGCUCUGGCCGGGAGGUGGUCAUGAGAGUGACGACUGUAUAAUGCCGCCUGGCCGGCGGACGGG